CCACCCACUGGACUUGGCCAGCUUGUCCCCAGCCAACCCCCCCAGGAAGAAGGGAGCUGGCAGACUAGCCUGCUAAUCCCCCCUGUCCGCUCAGCCAGCGGGGUCUAGUCCAGCCAGUCAGACCUGCUCCAGCUACAUCCGGGAGAGCUCCAUCCCAAGUCCUUCCAAGGCCAUGGCUCCCCCACAGGCCACACCCUCCGGGGCAGCACCUGUGCCCUAAGAGCACAGGAAAGGGUGAGGAGAAGAAAAGAGGACCCUCCUCUGGGGGGCUGACUGACCAGGACAGCUCCUGGCAGGGGAGAAGGUGAGGCCUGGGUGGACCAUUAGCCCUUGACCACCGUCCAUCCCCUUCUAAGAAGCAAGUUGGCAUGGACAUGAGGAGGAUUGAGCAGCCCAAGGCAGCGGGGCCAGCGCUAGGCUGGAUGUCCGGUUCACAUAGAAAGAGGAGACCCCUGAAAGCCGAACUGACGGCAGACAUGAUCAGCCCACCCCUGGGCGACUUCCGCCACACCAUGCACGUGGGCCGAGGCGGGGACGUCUUUGGGGACACCUCCUUCCUCAGCAACCAUGGUGGGGCGGGCCGAGGGGGCGGCCGCUCCCCCAGAAGCUUCCUGCUCCGGACCCUGCAGCAGGUCCGCCGGGGAGGCCCUCCCUCCCGAGGAUCUACCUCCUCGGCCUCCUCCCCUGAACCGCCUGCCAUCUCCCCCAUCAUCAAGAAUGCCGUUUCCCUGCCCCAGCUCCACCAGGCCGGCUAUGACAACAUGGUGGUGGGCAAGCUGAGCUUCCGAGACAGCCCCCGGGGGUCCCCUGACGGACACCAUGGCUAUGGCCUGGAUUCUGGAUUCUGCACCAUUCCCCGCCUUUUAGGCCCCGAGAGGCCCCUGGACAAGGAUAGCUCCUUCCCUUCAGAGUCUGACCUGCCUGGCUCCAACUCCCUGCCCCGCUCAGACUCCGAACCCGAGCUGCAUCGCUCCGACUCCAUGCUCUCCUUCCGCCUGGACCUGGGUCCCUCCCUCCUCAGUGAGCUCCUCAAUGCCAUGAGCCUGUCUGAGGGGUCCGGGAAAGAGCCCAGCCCAGCCCCGGAGCCCCAGCUCCCGGCCCCAGAGCCCCGACCUCAGGGACACUGUCCCAACGGGGUGUCAGUGUCAAAGAGCCCCACUGGGGAGAAGCCGAGGGCGGCCGUCAGCCUGACCCCAGCCAGGGGACACUGGGUGGGCAGCUGGGGCCCUAGGCCCCACUAUAGCGAGGCAACUGCCCGGCAAGAGCUGGCUGGAGUGUUACCUCAGAGCCGGGCCUCGUGGGAGAGCCAGGAUGAGGGACUGGGCGUCUCCCCUUGCUGGGCGAGGGGCAGCUCCGAGAGGGAGCCAGUGAGGGUCCCAGUCCCCAGCACAGUUCAGGCAAUGGCAUUCCAAUUUGCCGAUGAGGAUGAUGAGGUGAAUAUGUGAGGGUAGCCCUGCUAGGCCCAGGGGCCUGGCACUGGGGCCUCUAUUGAAGUUCUUCCUCCCACCCUAUCUUGGAGGGCAGAAGAUUUGGGGUGGAAGGGGGUGAUCUGCUUCACCCAACAGGAUCAGCAGCAAAGCUGGGAGCUGCAAGGAGCUGGAGAGCAGGGGAGGGACAAGAAAGGAACUGGCAUUGCCUCAAAUCUCACCCCCUGCCCCCAGGCUCUGUCCCAACACUUCAUCCUCGACAGGCCAAACCAGAGUGGGGGGAGGCAGUCCCUGGUGCUUCCAGAACCUUGGCAGGAAUCUUCCUCCCUGCCCAUUGCAUUCCCCCCCACAUACACACACACACACACACAUAGCCUUCAGAGGGGGAGGGGGGAGAAGGACAGGCUUGUCCCCUGGCCCUCCCUGGUCAGAUGAGGCUUCCUACACAGGAGGGUGGGUGGAUGGAUGCUGAAAGAGGAACAGCUGAGAGGGAUUUGUUCUGGGAACAGUCAGCCCAGAGUGGCUGACAGCCUGCUCUGACCCCCCACAGCCUUGGGCACCAGAUGCCCAGCUUCCCCCCAUGCCACACCCACAGCCUAGCUGGGGCCACACAAUGCAGCCUUUGUGACUAGGGGAGGGCAGCACAGGACAUCAUUGUCUUCACCACCACCACUUUGCUGCCCAGCCCCCAGAGGGUCCAUUCUGGGCUGGGGGGGGGUCUUGCCUCCCAUUAGGGCUCCCUGGAGUGGGGCUCCCCACCCUUUGCUGUUGACCUGGGAUGAUGGGCCCUCCUGAUUCCUUCUCUGACACGACUACCACCUGCUCCCAUCUCUUCUAGACUGUUCUAGAAGCCAUCCCAAAGGUCCCCAUGACCUCAGCCAGGAAGAAUGCCCGGCCUUGGCCUUCUGGCCACCCGGAGAUCUCUAUCCGGCCUGUUUAAAAGAGAUGGGGGGGUGUUUUUUGGUUUGAUUUUUUUUUUUAAAUACAAACUCGACCCUCCAGGUAACGCAGAGAAACUGUCUAUUGUUGUCUGUCUUGCUCACCGCCAGCCACCCUGGAGCCCAGCUCUGCUCCAGAGAGAGUGGUGGGACACCCACUCUUUCCCCCAACCUGUGAGAUGGAUGUCAUGGGCUGAGGGGAAGGGCGACCGGCCCCCUGGCCUCCCUAGCUGUGGCCAUUGGGCAGGGGGACCUAGAGGUAAUGAAUAACAGGGCUGGAAUGUCCUGGCUGAUAAAGGUGCAGGUGUGUGCCUGUGUGCAGGAGAUGGGAGAACGAGCCUUAUCUCCCUUUCCGGGAACACGGGGCUUAGACCCUCCCCUGCCUGCCCCCAGGUGCCUGGCACGGGGCGCUGCCAGAAACAACAGCAGCUCACAUUUCUGGGGAACUGCAAGGCUCACAAAGCACAAUAGCCCUGGGAGGCAGGCGGGGGGGGGGCGGGGGGGGAACCAAGGCCCAGAGGUGACUCACCCAAGAUCACAGACCCCCCCCCACACUCCCUUGCCAGUAGUGGGCCUCUUCUUCAGCUUUGCCCACUCUCCUCCCGGCCCCCAGCCAGUCCCAGGGGCAACUUUAGAGGUGAGAGGCCCAGUUCUAGUCCUGGCUCCAGCCUUGGUGGUUCACCUUUGUGGUCACUUGUGAUCAUGAGAAGGCAGUUCUAAGUGAGUUCUAAGGGUCCUACUAGCUCUGGCAUCCCCUGUUCUCAGGCCCCUCCCAACCCUGACACUGGAUGCACCCUCUGAGUUCAUUGCCAGCUGUCAUAGUGUAGGGGGUGGAAAAGAGGCAGAAGAGCAGCUCAGUCACCCUCCACCCGUGGUGAGGGUUGGAAAGGCAGAUUGCCAGAACCCCAAGAAACAGCGGAGCCUGGCAGUGAGAAGGAAGCAGGGGAGAGGCCUUUAUUGGGGCUUUAUGGGGAGGGGGAAGGGGGAGGGG